AUGAUGAAGUCCCUCGCCUUUGCUGCUGUGCUCGCCGCUAUACCCUUUUCCCAGGCUCAAGCUCCGAUUUACGGACAAUGCGGAGGCACGGGCUGGACUGGGGCUACAGCCUGCGCUUCAGGAUCUGUAUGCACAUACAGCAACUCUUACUAUUCCCAAUGCCUCCCCGGUACGGCCUCAAACACGCCUACCUCGCCCUCAUCGUCUAGUUCUGCUCCGACUUCCACGUCGACCAGCUCCAUUGCUUUCAUGGGUGGUGUCAACACUGCAGGAUAUGACUUUUCCGUGGCUACGGACGGGUCGUUCACCGGAACUGGUGUUUCCCCUCCAACUGACCAGUAUACCCAUUUUGCCCAAGAAGGAGUCAACAUCUUCCGUAUUCCAUUCGCAUGGCAGCUCAUGACGCCGACACUCGGAGGGACCAUCGACUCCGGCUUCUUGUCGCGAUACGAUGCUACUGUUCAGGCUGCUCUUUCAUCUGCGUCGAACGUCUAUGUUAUCGUCGAUCUUCACAACUAUGCGCGCUGGAAUGGUGGGAUCAUCGCCCAAGGCGGACCUACGGAUGACCAGUUCACGAGUAUCUGGACCCAACUUGCAACCAAGUAUGCUAGCGAGCCUCGUAUCAUUUUCGGAAUCAUGAACGAGCCUCAUGACAUUCCUUCCGUUCCGACUUGGGCCAACUCCGUUCAAUUGGCCGUCAAUGCGAUCCGUGCGGCCGGCGCGACAGAACAGCUGUUGCUCAUGCCUGGCUCAAGUUGGUCGAGCGCAAAAGCUCUGCCCACAGAGGCCGGCCCCUACCUUUUGAACGUGACCGACCCCAAUGGUGACACUUCCAAGCUGCUCUUCGAUGUUCACAUGUACCUCGACUCCGACGACAGCGGUACCCAGGCUGAAUGUGUCACCAACAACGUCGAUACCUUCACCACCCUCGUUGCUUGGCUGAAGCAAAACGGAAACCGUCAGGCAAUUCUUAGCGAGACUGGCGGAGGCAACACUAGCAGUUGCGAGACUGAUCUGGGCCAGGAACUCGCGUUUGUCAAGGAAAAUUCGGAUAGCAUCGUUGGGUUCACCGUCUGGGCCGCCGGUGCCUUCGAUGACACCUACGUCCUCACUGUGACGCCCAACGCCGACGGCUCUGACCAGCCACUCUGGAUUGCUGCUGGUCGGGGACAUUCUACGAGCUACUUGGUACUAACCGAAACUACAGCCAAAUCUCUUGCUGCAUUCAGACCUACGCCUGAGAGCAUUCCUCCCCGUAAUGUUGCUCUGACCUUGCGCGUCCCAGAGGGUCUCCCAAUCAACAUUCAUCCUUUAAACCCUCUCGGUUUCCUCUUAAGAGCCGCUCAGAUCUACCCCGACAAGCUUGCUAUUGCUCACCCAGACGUUGCGGAUCCAGUAUUCUAUACAUACUCUGUGUGGGCGCAGCGCGUCCAGAACUUUGCGUAUGGUCUCAUUGAAGGUGGUGUACGGCCUGGUGAUCGUGUAGCAGUUGUGGCGCCGAACUCACCAAUGAUAGCAGAUGCUCUUCAGGGUGUCAUCGGUGCUCGAGCCAUCGCCACGACCAUCAAUACUCGAUUAACGAAGCCUGAAGUCGCCUACAUACUAGAGCACAGUGGCUCUAGAAUAAUAUUUGUAGAUCACGAAUACGCUCAUUUGGUUCAGGGCGCCAAAGCACGUAUCAUUAUCUGUAAGGAUACAGGUCGAGCGGGCUGUCCUUACGAAGACUUCCUCAGCUCCGGAAGGAGGUUCAGCAAGGAGAGAGGAUGGGCCGGACUUGAGAUGGACGCGGACGAGAAUAAACCCCUAUCACUGAAUUAUACGAGCGGAACAACAGGACGACCGAAGGGCGUUCUUACUACGCUCAGAGGCUCAUAUCUCGCAGCAAUGGCUAAUGUCAUGGAGUCUCAGAUGAAUAUAGAUUCGACGUAUCUUUGGAUCCUCCCCAUGUUCCAUGCCGCUGGUUGGACAUUCCCUUGGGCUAUCACUUGCGCAUUUGCCACACAAAUAACGCUCAGAACGGUCGACUACUCCCUCAUCUGGAAACACUUCCUCCAUUCGAAGGUCACUCACUACUGUGGCGCACCCACAGUUCAGAUCGGCAUCGUAAACCAUCCCGAUGCGAGACGCUUACCCCAGACCGUAACGGCAGUUAUCGCAGGAGCAGCCCCCACUGCCCACCUUCUCGGUGAAUUGGAGCAGAAAGGCAUACAGCCGGUUCAUGUCUAUGGUCUGACCCAGACUUACGGCCCCUUCACGCGAAACUAUCCGCAGCCCCACUGGCCCUCUCUCCCUCUCUCCGAGCGCGCCAAACUUGCUGCCCGCCAAGGCCAUACCUUCACCACCUCCCAUCCCCUUCGCGUUGUCUACCUCUCCAGUGACCUCCCCAGCGACACGGAACCACACAAGCACCCCCACCAACACCCACACGGCGCAUUGGUAGACGUCCCUAAAGAUGGUAAGACGAUCGGGGAAAUUGUAAUGCGAGGCAAUAUAGCGAUGCACGGCUAUUUUAUGGAUGAGGAGGCGACGAAGAGGGCAUUCAAAGGUGGUUGGUUUCAUACGGGGGAUUUGGCGGUGUGGCACGAGGACGGGAGUAUCGCGAUUCAGGAUCGGUCGAAAGAUAUCAUCAUUUCGGGUGGCGAGAACGCGUCCAGUCUAGCAAUCGAACAAGAACUCGCCUCGCAUCCCGACGUCCUCGAAGUCUCCGUCGUCGGACGCGAACACCCGAAAUGGGGCGAACGCCCCAUGGCCUUCGUCCUCCUGCACGCCGAACCAGCGAAACAGUGGUCAGGAAGACACCAUCAUUUCGCCGAAGAGCUGAAGAAGCACGCGAGGGAGCGUCUGCCUGGCUUCGCAACGCCGGAGUGGGUCGUCGUGGUCGAUGAGCUGCCGAAAACGUCGACGGGCAAGAUCCUCAAGACCACGCUCCGCAAACGUGCGGCUACGCUGGCUAAAUUGUGAAGGAGUCGGAUCGCCCGUCGACUGAGGCCACUGUGAUAAUUGCUAUCUGUACCAUCUCUGUAAUAAAUACAUCUCAAGGCCUGAACGGUUGCUACCGUGUAAAUGUAUGCAAAG